AUGAGACUUUUUAAUUCACAAUAUAAUACUGCCUCCUUUAUUUACAACAUUCGUCCUAAAAAAAAUUAUAGCUAUAAAAAUAAUAGCAACAAUUUAUUACUAAUAUUCUCUUCAGUCUUAUUAAUACUAUUUACAUCUUUGAUCGACAAAAUAGAAGCAACAGAAGAAAAUGUGAAUUUGGGUGAAUUCUUUAUCGAAUUGAAUGACAAUUAUACAUUACAAGAAUUUUUUACUAAAUAUUAUCAAGACAAUAACGACAAUUUAUUAUUGCACGAUGUAAUAUCCAAGAGUGAAAAAUUUAAUGGCAUAGAUUUACCAAAUGAUAAUGAAUUACAGCUUAUUUCUUUGAAUGAUGAUUAUGACGAACUCAGUAGUGAUGAUAAUAGUAAAUUAAAUAGUCCUGGUAUGAAAAUCAUAUAUGGUAGAUACCCUAUCGACACUUUGAAACAAUUUUAUUAUGAUGUGAACAUCAAAUCUGUUACCCUAAACAGAAAUUUAGAUUUAGCUGAAUAUAUACAUCAGCCAAACGCACCAAAUCAUUUAAAUGCAAUCACCGGCAGUAAUAACAAUGAAUUUGUUUAUGAUUCCAUGGCUGGGAUUGGUGUAGACGUUUAUAUCUUAGAUAAUGGGAUCGAAUUAGGCUAUAUUGUUGACGAUUCACUAUUUACUCGGGUACAUAAAAUGUUGGAUUAUACUCAAACAACUGCCAGUGCUGGUAACAAUAACCAUGGUACCUUUAUUGCUAACUUGGUUGGAUCUGAAUUUCUAGGUAUUGCCAAAAAAGCCAAUAUAUACGAUUGCAAAAUAGUCGAUGAUGGGAACACCAACAUUUUUAAAUUAUUUUAUAGUUUGAAAGCAAUUGUUAAACAAGCUAAAAUCACUAAAAGACCAAGUAUAAUUGUUAUUCCAUUGAUUACAAAAAGGUCUAGCUUAAUUAAUAAUUUUGUAUCUGAAAUAAUUCAUAAAUAUGACAUCCCAAUUGUAGUACCAGCUGGGAAUGAUGGCAAAGAUUCUUGUUUGUUUUCCCCGGCAGGUGCAUAUGGUACGUUAAAUGUAGGAUCUAUCACUACUAACACGGAUAAGAGUGCUUCUGUUUUCGAGAUUAGUAAAUUUAGUAAUUAUGGAAACUGUGUAGAUUUGUAUACAUUUGGAGAAAGGAUAUUGGUUAGCCAUACAAGCAGUAGUAAUAAGAGUAAUGAUAUAGUAAAAAGUGGUACUUCUUUAACUAGUGGAAUUGCAGCUGGUCUACUAGCUUAUCAUAUGUCUAGGGGAUUAUCAUCUAAAGAAGCUAUUGAUAUAAUGCUAAAGGAUAGUUUAUCUGUGCAACAACCAGGUGUAGCAUUUGGUAAUGGCAAUGAUAUUAUUAAAGUUAUUAAGUUAGGAAAUUGA